CUGGACUUGGACAUUGAGGAGGCUUCGGGCCAUGGGUUCGGUCCAGCCUUGCGGGAGGCGGCUGCACAGCUGCGAAUGAUGCUGCCUUUGGCUUCAGGCAACCUGAUCAACUACGCCGUGACCUUUGUCACGCUGCACGUGGUGGGCUCCGAGGGCACUUCGGCGGUGGCGGCGGUCGGGCUGGCGAUGGCGCUCUACACCUGCCUGGGCCGGAACCUCAUCAUGGGUCUCUGUGGUGCAGUGGACACCAUCUCCUCCCAGGCUGCAGGCGCAGGACGGCUGGAGCUGCUAGGGCCGAUCUUUCGGCGCUCCUGUCUCUUCCUCCUGCUACAUCUCCUGCCCUUCGGCCUUUUUAGUUUCUCCGCGUUGCUGUGGUUGCCGCAUUUGACCGACCCCAGCGUGGCACGGAACGCUGCGCGCUUCCUGCUGCUGCUCUUACCUGACCUGGCGGCGCAAUGUUUGUGGCGGCCCAUGAAUCGGGUACUUGCUUCGCAGAGGAUCACCUGCCCCUUUAUGGUGGUGUCCUUUCUGGUGCUCCUGUGUCACUACUUCUUCUGUCGUUUCUUCGUGUCGCGUCUGGGUUUCCUGGGUGCCGCCUGUGCCACUUCCUGUAGCGGCCUGGUCACCCUGCUACUGGGCGCAUUGGCGGUGUGCCUGGUGGGCGCCAAUCGCACCAUUUGGGGCGGCAGGUCCACUCCUAGCGCCAUCCAACAAGCGGGUUGCGGCUGGCGCGCCCUGGCGGCGCUGGCGUACCCCUCAGCGGCCAUGCGCAUGUUGGAGUCCGCCGGGUUUUCGGGCGUGGUGACGGCCAGUGCCCUGCUGCCCCUGGCCAAGGUGGAGGUGGACAUCAUGAGUUUGUCUCUGAACGCCUACGGCUGUUUCUUCAGCCUCUUUCCGGCCCUCUCGGUCUGUGCGGACACCCGUGUGGGCAACGCCAUCGGUCGGGGCGCGGUGAAGAACGCCAAGCGCGCAAUGCGGGUGGCGGUGUUGUUGGCGCUGCCCACGGCUACGGCGGUGUCCAUGGUUUUUGUGCUCCCUGUCUGCAAGCAGUUUCUGGAGCAACUCCUCCGUGUGGAUUCGCUGGACCCACGGGUACAGCAGGGGCUGGAGGCGAUUUUCGUCAUCUUUGUAUGUGGCUUCUACUACAUCGAUGGGCUACAAACUGCCCUCUCAGGCGCUGUCCGCGGCACGGGACAACAGCAGAAGGGCGCACGGAUUUGUGUCUUGGCCUAUUGGAUCCUGGGCAUCCCCUCUGCGUUGGCUCUGGGCUUUGGUGGUUUGAACGCCAUUGGGCUCUGGCUGGGGAUGCUGGUGGGGCCGCUGGUGCAGCUGAUUUUCUAUGCCAGGCUGCUGUGGAAGCUGAACUGGGCGGCUGUGGCGGCCAGCUGUGAGGAACGCCUGGUGAACCACCACGACAGCGACUGGAGAUGUCUGAGGAGUUAAUGGGUGCUUGAGACAAGCCUGGCUCGAGUGUGUCUUGAGCAAGGUGGGGAC